AAUUAUUCAGUUUCAGAAAAAUGAAAGUACUUAUUGUAUUGGCUUGCUUGGCAGCACUUGCCUGUGCCAACGACCAGGCAUGGAAUGAUUUCAAAGUUGGAAAACAGUACAAAUCUAUGAUUGAAGAACGCCUUCGUUACCAAAUUUUCUUGAACAAUGUUCAAAAGAUUGAAGAGCAUAAUGCCAAAUAUGAACAGGGAUUGGUUACUUACAAAAUGGCAGUCAAUAAAUUUGCUGAUUAUACAGAAGAAGAAUUCAGGGCUUUUUUGAAACUUAGUGGUCCGGCUAAGAAAGUUAAGGCCACCGAAGUUUUCAAAGCAACCAAAACUGCUCCAUCCUCCAUUGACUGGAGAUCAACUGGCGCUGUAACUCCAGUAAAAGACCAAGGUAGCUGCGGAUCUUGCUGGUCAUUCUCUGCUACUGGUUCUUUGGAAGGACAAAACCAAAUCCAAAACGGAAAACUUCUUUCCCUCUCCGAACAAAACUUGGUUGAUUGUUCCAGUUCCUAUGGAAACUACGGAUGUAACGGUGGUUUGAUGGUAGCCGCUUUCGAAUACGUCAGAGAUCAUGGAAUCGAGAGUGAAGCUGCUUACCCAUACACUGGUCGCGAUGGAUCCUGCAAGUUUGACUCUAGCAAGUCAGUUCUUAAGAUUAGUGGAUAUACCGAAAUAUCCCAAGAUAAUGAAGAGGAACUUAUUGAAGCCAUUGGUACCGUUGGUCCAGUCUCUGUCGCUAUUGAUGCCACCAAUUCACUCCAGUUCUACAGUUCUGGAAUCUUCACUGAUAGCAGCUGCUCUAAAUACGCCUUGAACCACGGAGUUCUUGCUGUUGGUUACGGAUCUGAUAACAUUAUCGUCAAGAACUCCUGGGGAUCUAGCUGGGGAGAAUCUGGAUACGUCAGGUUCAAGCGUGGAUCUAACUUGUGCGGUAUUGCUACCAUGGCUAGCUACCCGAAAUUGUAAUUCUACCUAAACUUUAUUUUGUUGAUACAAAUAAAUUAGCAUUCUAAAAUA